GGGCCGCACGGGGGCGCGCUGUCUCCGCCCCGCCCCCUCGCAGCUCCGCGGCGCGGCGGCAAGAUGGCUGCGGGGUGCCGGCGGUAGCGCCAGCCAUGGAGGCGGAGAGCGGCCCUCUGGGUCCGGGUGAGCGAUGGGCGCCGGUGGGCGCCGUGUCGGCGGCGGAAGAAGAGGAGGAGGAGGAAGAAGAAGGGGACGAGGAGGAGGCGGCGGCGGGAGGGUCCCCGCGGUCGGUGCCGCGGCUGCGGGCGGAGCGGCGGCGCCUGCAGGGGGCGCUGCUGGCGUUGGCCUCGCACUUCGCGCAGGUUCAGUUCCGGCUGCGGCAGGUGGCGCGCGCGGCCCCCGGCGAUCAGCGGCGGCUGCUGCGGGAACUGGAGGAGUUCGCGUUCCGGGGCUGUCCCGGAGCUGCCCCGAGUGAGCAAGAGAAACAGGAGCAAAGUGAGGUCCAGAAGGAGAAGCAGAGAGAGCUGAUCCUGCAGCUCAAGACUCAGCUGGAUGACCUGGAGACGUUUGCUUACCAGGAGGGGAGCUAUGAUUCCCUGCCACAGUCUGUGGUUAUGGAAAGACAACGGAUGAUUAUAAAUGAAUUGAUCAAGAAGCUGGACAUGGACUUGAGUGAAGAUGUUGCAACUCUCUCUCCAGAGGAGCUGAGGCAACGUGUGGAUGCUGCCAUAGCACAGAUUGUUAAUCCAGCCAGGGUGAAGGAGCAGCUGGUGGAGCAACUGAAGACACAGAUCAGGGACCUGGAAAUGUUCAUCAGCUUCAUUCAGGAUGAAGUUGGAAGCUCUGGUAAGGCAGAAGAUGGACACUGUGAAUGUGCAGGCAGAAAAGAUGUCGGUGGGUCCUGCAAACCACAUGCACAGCACUCUGGAAACAGAGUGAGCCCAGAAGAUGCCAGUAAGAUGAGAGAAACAGGCCUGCACCUCAUGCGCCGUGUGCUCGGUGUGCUGCAGAUCUUUGCUGUCAGUCAGUUUGGCUGUGCCACGGGUCAGAUUCCCCACACCCUCUGGCAGAAGGACCAAGCAGACAGGGACUAUUCCCCUUUACUCAAGAGACUGGAGGUGUCUGUAGAGCGGGUGAGGCAGCUGGCCAUCCAACACCAGCAGGAAGACCACAUCAUCAGCUCCUCUGACCUGCAGGACGUUCCCUUGGGAGGCAGGGACGAGCUGACCCUGGCUGUAAGGAAGGACUUGGCCAUUGCUCUGCGUGACCUGCUGGCCCACGGGCUCCACUCCUCCUCCUCCUCCUCCCAGGGGAUGAGCCUGGUGCUGGCUCCCAUUGCCUGCCUCCUCCCGGCGUUCACCUCCUCCCCGCAGACCAUGCACCCCUGGGAGCUCUUUGUGAAGUAUUACAACACCAAGAACGGCCAAGCCUACGUGGAGUCCCCAGCCCGCAAGCUCUCCCAGUCCUUCGCUCUGCCUGUCACCCCGGGGGUGACCAUCACCCCCAAGCAGAGCCUCCUGACAGCCAUCCACACCGUCCUGACGGAGCACGACCCCUUCAAGCGUGGGGCAGACUCAGAGCUGAAGGCCCUGGUGUGCAUGGCCCUCAACGAGCAGCGUUUGGUCUCCUGGCUCAACCUCAUCUGCAAAUCCGGGGCUCUGGUGCAGUCCCACUACCAGCCCUGGAGCUACAUGGCAAACACGGGCUUCGAGGGGGCACUCAACGUCCUCAGUCGCCUCAGCAACUUGAAGUUCAACCUCCCGGUUGACCUGGCUGUGCGGCAGCUGAAAAACAUCAAAGAUGCUUUUUGAGGUGGUUUUUUGUUGUUCAUUGUGGGAAAACAGUCUGAGGAGGCUUAAGGGUUCCACGUGUACAUCAGUGUGAUCGUGUGAAAUCCUUUAAUAAGAGAAGCCUUGUUUACACCAUCAUACCAUGCAGGUGGCUUUGUAUUCCAAUCACACAUUCCAUUCUCACAGAACCACUCUUCUCACAUCAUUAUUUUCCUCUUCUGUUGACAAUUCUCUCUUUCCCAUUAGCUCAUUUUUAGAAACCUGCAACUAGGCCUCAAUAACCAUUAACCCACUGUGGCCUAAGCUGAAGUAAGUCAGGAUUGCUCACAACCUGUGUAUUUCUGAGCUGUUUCUCCAGCAGUUCAUCAUCAGUUUGUCACCUGUGGGCAGCCCUAAGGCUCGGGAAGCCUGGUGGGGGUUUUUUUAAGGCUGGGUUUGACUCUUUGACAUUGGUAUUUGCUUUUGGGGGAAUCUUGUGGUGUCUCAAUGCUGGAAAUCUUGUGUUUUACAAGGCUGCCCCUGCAAAGCUGCUGGAGGUUGUGCUGGAGGUUGUCCCCCUGCCCUGUGCUGCCUCUCUGGAGAGCAGAAUGGCUCUGCUGGAGGCAGUUCCCAGCGAGUCCUCAGUGUGUGGGACAUGGGGUGAGGCCCCUGGGAACACACGGCUUGGCUCCUGUGCUGCUUCCACCUGGUUAUUCCUCAAACUUCAUGGAUUAACGAUGUCCCUAUGAGAUGUUCAUGGCAGAGCUGAGCCCUGGGUGUGGGGUUUGCCCCCCCUCAGCCCCUCAGCAAUCUGUGGGACCUCUCUGCUGCGGUGGGAACCACCGUAGUGCAGGUGACUUCGUGAGAAAAUCUGGAAGCUGAGCCCCGCGUCCUUCAUGCUCUCGGGUGGGAGGCCCAGCAGCUUUGUCUGGUGAUCCAAAGCUCCUUUGUGCAGCCCGGUGUUGUGUGGAACGCAUUAAAUCGCUUCAGCAAGUGUG